CAUGGUUGCCAGUUGAAGGUCGCCCGAAGCCCGUUAUCUUUAUUUUCAUCCAUUAGGCGUGUAAUACUGUCCACAGAUCUUUAAAAUGGCAGCACAUCCUCUUGCUACAAGUAAAAAGAGCUCCAGAACAGAACUCACUAAGGACGACAUUGGUCACCAAGCUAGAUUUUUGUUGAACAAUUUCAUCCAUGAACGGAUUCAACAAGAUGUUGCAGAUCAAGUGCCAGCAACAGAUGAUCUUCAGGAGCCAGGCACACCAACAGGGCCUCCCAUGGAACAUAUACGCGAGAUUGGUCGAGCACUACGCUGUAUAGGAGAUGAGUUAGAUCGCAAUGAAAAUAUACAAAAUCUGUGUACAAGAGUGCCACCUGAUGCCCCACACCAAACUUUCCUAAAUGUUGCCAAGAGCUUCUUUUCUGACGGUAUCUACAAUUGGGGCCGAGUAGGAUCUCUCUUCUAUUUUGCUUACAGAAUGGCUUUAAAGGCUUUAGACAAAAUUGCCCUGAUACGAGCAAUUGUCAAUUGGGUAGUCAAUUUUAUCAUAGAAAAUGUUGCUCCCUGGAUCAUUGAGAGAGGAGGAUGGGAGGCUAUCGUUGAAUACUUCGGAACGCCGUUGAACCAGGUGAUGUCAGUGUUUGUGGUUGGCUUGGCCCUCAGUGCCGGUGUCUACCUGUACAAAACCAGUCAUUGAAUUUAGAGAUAUUAUUGAGGAAUUGAACUGUGCAAUGCUGGACGUCGCCUAGCCUCCUGAUAAAGGCCGGUGUCCUAUACUCCGAAGUAUUUGUAUUAUAGAGAGUAUGUGUGUUGAAAGGAAAGUCAUAAUAACACUACAGCAAUCAAGACUAGGAUAAACAUCAUUGUUACCUUCUGAUGGAUGUCUGAUGUAACAAAAGAUAAACGUUAUUGUUACCUACUGAUGGAUGUCUGAUGUAACAAUAGAUAUACAUUAUUGUUACCUUCUGAUGGAUGUCUGAUGUAACAAUAGAUAAACGUUAUUGUUACCUACUGAUGGAUGUCUGAUGUAACAAUAGAUAUACAUUAUUGUUACCUAUUGAUGGAUGUCUGAUGUAACAAUAGAUAAACAUUAUUGUUACCUAUUGAUGGACGUCUGAUGUAACAAUAGAUAAACAUUAUUGUUACCUAUUGAUGGAUGUCUGAUGUAACAAUAGAUCAACAUUAUUGUUACCUAUUGAUGGAUGUCUGAUGUAACAAUAGAUAAACAUUAUUGUUACCUAUUGAUGGACGUCUGAUGUAACAAUAGAUAAACAUCAUUGUUACCUAUUGAUGGAUGUCUGAUGUAACAAUAGAUAAACAUUAUUGUUACCUACUGAUGGACGUCUGAUGUAACAAUAGAUAAACAUUAUUGUUACCUAUUGAUGGAUGUUUGAUGUAACAAUAGAUAAACAUUAUUGUUACCUACUGAUGGAUGUCUGAUGUAACAAUAGAUAAACAUCAUUGUUACCUACUGAUGGAUGUCUGAUGUAACAAUAGAUAAACAUUAUUGUUACCUAUUGAUGGAUGUCUGAUGUAACAAUAGAUAAAACUGUGUUAAUUGUGAGUUUGUGACUUGAUCCACUUAAUUUAUUAUCCUGAAUAUUUCAUUGUUACUCAACAUUGAUAAUGUAGAUGUUAGUUUUCAUCUAAAAGAUAUUGUAGUAAUAAGCAGAAAGGCAUUGCAAACUCAAUUUCAUAUAGUCAUAUUGUCAUAUAGUUUUCACCAAUAAAAACAUCUUCAUGUAUUCAGGGAAGUGAGGUGAAUAAGAAAUUCUAUUUAAAUGUUACAGAUUCAUAAUAAUGUUUCAAUAUUUCAAAACAAUCAAAGAUUUUCCCUUGAACUCCAAUGAAGGUACAUUUUUGUAUUAUGACAUGAAAUAUUUGUUGAUCUGUGAAAGUUUGAGCCUUGUUUGUGGCUUACAAGCAUUCACCGUUACCCAACAAAACAAUUGUUGAUUCUCAUAAAUCUUCUAAGUGAUAUGACUCAGUUUGGCAGGGUGUCUAUCCUGAGGCAGUGUAGUUGGUUAAACCUGGAAUAAGGAUAACCGACACAUAUUGUUACCAAAGCUGGCAAGUGAAAAGUAUGUGUUACUGAGGGUUCCAGUUAUGCCUGUCUGAAAACAAAUGUCAGACUAUCUCUAGUUUUAGGAUUUAUAUUUAAGCAUGACUUUUGCAUUUAAUUUGUAUUUCAGUAGAUGUUAUAAUUAUUUGUGGAAAGGAGCAUAUCUAACUGCUAGUUAUUAUUUAUACUCAGGUAUUUGACAGAAAAUUCCACAAUAAUAUAAAUUAUUCUGUAUACAUCUCAGAAUAGAUGUGUUAUUAUAUCCCAGAAUAGUUCCCUUCCACUUGGACCGUUUCAAACCAGGUUACACAUAACCAGCCUUAAUCCUGUUAGUUGUACUGCAGGGGACCAUUCAUUAUUCUACUCAAUAUGUACGGCUGGGUCCAUCAAUUCUUUCAUUAUAUUCCUCUUACAUUUACUGAUCGAACAUUCUCCAUUCCACAUGCAGACUGCUGCAGAUCAUUCAUUGAUAUUCUCCCCGCCAAGUUACACUGCUUGUGGGAAAAUUCAUUAUUUCAUUUUUCCUCACUGUUGAACUGCUCGAGGGAUCAUCCAUUAUUUCAUCAUUCCUCACAGUUUUAAUGUUGAGUUUUUUAUCAAUUAAUAUUAAAAAGUAUUACUGUAUUUAAAAUUGAUUUUGUUAAUGUACAUAGUCUGAGUUGUCAUAUUAGUACAUUAUUUUAAACAUGACACAGACAUACACAAUCUGGUGAGUAGUUUUAGUUAAGACAGAAAAAAAGGUGACUUAUAACUGUUUUACUGAAUCAUGGUGUCCUUUAUAAUUUACUGAAUCAUUAUGUCCUUCAUAAUUUACUGAAUCAUGAACUCUUACACCCUAUGUUAAAAUGUAGGUGUGAUGUUUGAUUGGAAAUCUUUUUUCUGGGGAGAUAACAUUUUAUGAGUGUUUCAUAUCCCAUUAAGCAAUGGUUAAUGGAAGAGUUGUAUAAUGUUUUUAUAUUCAUUGUUGUUUUAUUGAUUUCCAAACAUCUGCUUAUUGUAAAAAAAAAAGUGCUAAUAAAACUUUUUUUCCUGAAAAAGUGAUACAUAUUGUGAAGCUAAAUGUCAUAAGAACGUUUAUCAAACAGUAUGUCUAUAAGUGUCGGACAUUAGUACCCAGGAGUCAACUUUCUGGACAGUUGAUAUGGGGGUAGUGAACCAGUAGUACUCUGGUCACUGUACUUAACUGUAUUCAACUUGGAUAGUGUCACAUUAUUCCUUUGUCAUAGAGAUUUAGUUUUGUAAUAUUUUAUAUGAUUUGUGAUGCUGUUUAGUACAUAUUAUAAGUUCACUGCUAAGCAGUAUAAAUCUUGUUAAGCUUUGUUGUUAGAACCACAACUUUUGGAGUGUUUUCAGAAACGGUACUAGUGUCGGAGUAACCCAGUGAUAGAAUCAAUUGAUGUUAAACAUACAAUGUGUACUUAAGGGCCAGUGUGUAUAUUGUUUUAGUCACAGUGAUCACAUCAUUAGCUACUUAUAUAUCGCAUAUUGACAAUAAAACAGCUGCUCGGAUUACUUGAAUUUCAUAAUAAAACACAUGCUACCAUUGGUUAAAAUUCAUACAACAUUUGUAUAUGAGCUGGUCUGAUUGGUCAAAGUUAAUUUUUUAACAGUU